AUGCUGAUCGCCGAUCGACAGGGAACCAAUGGUCGGCCAUUGGCGGAUGUGAUCGUCCGCGCAGCCAAUGGCGUCGGUGGGCGAUUGAUGGUGCAGAUUCGUGACCGGGAGCUGCAGGACUUGGAAUUGAUGUCACUCAUUCGCGCCGUCCAGCGGCGGGUGCCGCCUCAAACGGUGCUGAUGGUCAACAAUCGUCCUGACAUCGCGCGGGCGAUCGAGAUUGGCUUGCACCUGCCCGCCGCGGUCGAGACGCCGCGUGGUCAGUACCAACUGCUGGGACGCUCAGUGCAUGAUGAGCACGAGGCGGAUAUCGCGCUGGGCGACGAAGUUGACUACGCCAUCGUGGGCACCAUUUUCGAGACGACGUCGCAUCCCGGUCGAGCCGGCGCAGGACUUGUCCACCUCUCAGAGAUCCGAUCGCUGAUGGGCAACAUCGCUUGCUACGCGAUUGGCGGGAUCACAACCGAGAAUGCCCGAUCCGCGAUCGAGGCGGGCGCCUGGGGUGUCGCGGUGCGCAGCGCCAUCCUCUCGGCCGAUGAUCCGUCCGAGGCCGCGUAUCAGCUGCACAGUAGCCUGCCGAAAUGA